AUGGACUCCAUUCACGAUGUUCAAAGGUCCUCUGGAUGCCAGCCGAGUAAUCGCAAGCGGAAAUUGUCAAAUGAACGCCAUGAACCAUCUAAAGAGUUGAAAACUGGUGAUGACAACGACAAGUCGAGAGCGAAUGAGAUCAUAGAAAGGCUAUCGAACGAUGUGGUUUUAUCCAAAAGUGACUCUCAGAGAGAACAUCAAAUUUCUGAUGCUUGUCAAGCAUCGAACAGCAAUACGAAUAACCACCAUCAAAACUUGACGGUGGGUUUUGUAAAUUAUGAAAACAGUAACAAUAGCAAUCAACUUCAGCCAUCUUUAUUAACAGGGUAUAUCAAUUGUGAGACGACGUCUCGUAACAAUAACUUUGAGAACUUAAGCCGCAGUGUAAAUAACUGUGAACAAAGCAAUAAAAGUUUUGAAAGGGAGGAAAAACAGGUUGUACAGAGGGUGGUGGAGGAGGCUAUGGACGCUGUGAUUCGCGAGGAAGAAAAAGACAUGGAUGAAGAUACUAGGAGGAUACGAGAAGCAGAAGCUGCUUUAAGGUCUUUGUCGGGCGACUUUGAGCCUGAAACCGGAAUGGACAUUUUUGCAGGUGUAGUGACUACGGAACGCCCCUUUUUCGAAAACUUAUUCGAAAAAAAGGAAGAAGUGGCCCCCAAGACAGCUGAAGUGGUCACGAAUUCUUGGAAAGAUGUGGUAACUCUGAGUGCAUCCUCUAGUUCGUGCUGUAGUAGCGAGAGGUCACCAUUAAGGUCGCCAAUUCUUUCACCAGUGGUUAGUACGAACAUCAAAGAAGAGAGAAGGGACGAACCUGAACCCAUGUCUGAAACAAAUACGCCAUACCAGCAGCCUAAGGACGAAGAAUAUUCACCUCAGGGAGCGCUGCGAGUGCCACAACAGCAACAACACCCUCAAAUUCAGCCAGUGCCACAGACGCCAAUCAGUUCACCAGAAGCCAGCUUCAGUGUACCAACCUCAGUGGACGCUAAGCCUCAAAGCUGCACGAGCCAGUACAGCUCGGCAGAUGAGGUUUUUGACGAGUUUACACCUUUGCCUGUACAGCCCCAAGAAGACAGUCGCAGUGUCGACGGCAUGACCAACAGUACUGCUGGACCGGUAGUUAACGAGAGUGAACCGUACGAUGUCGCAAGCUUACUGAAAAUAGAAGGUAAGAAUAAUUCUGAGGAAUGUGCCAAUAUCCAAUCACUGGUGGAGUCGGACGGCUACGGGAUGCACACGGAAGCUUACCCCAGGGAAACGCACCAGAUGCACGACAUGAAGCCGAGCAUACAAGACAUCCGACAGCAAAUGCAUCUCCACCACCAGCAAGUGCCACCACCACCCCACCAACAGCAGUACUGCCGAAUGGAAGAGAGUUACGGGGAUUAUUACGGGCCGCCCUAUGGGUGUCCUCCCUCAAGCCCGGCAUCCAGAAGGUAUCACCUGCUAGACAACAAGCUACAGGAUAAGCGUCCCAUGUCCUUCGAGGAACACCUGUUGCCUCUACCUGAAGAUGACCACCCUCUAGUGAUAGACGAGGGGCGGCCACAGCCUCCACAGCCUCACCGCUACGGGAGCAUAGAAGACGAGGACGAUAGCAAUUCCCUACAAUCAUGUAGCCAACAGAGCGGCAGCACGCCCCAUUACAACAACUGCUGUGAGAUGAUGUCUUCCCCACACUCGGAUAUGGGGGACGGGAGGAGGAUGUUGGAGUGUCAACAACCCUCGCCACAAGAUCCAUCUCUUCGAGACGGCAAGUGCCCGACUCCAGGGUGUAACGGUUCAGGACAUGUAACUGGACUAUACUCACAUCACCGGAGUUUAUCUGGCUGUCCGAGGAAAGAUAGGAUUACUCCAGAAAUUUUAGCCUUACAUGAGACAAUUCUAAACUUGUCUGGAUGUCCUAUUGCCGCAAUGGAGAAAAUGGUUCAAAAGGAACAAAGAGCGACGCCAAAACCAUCGCCUCCUAUUGGACAAAUUCCUUCUGGUCCAUCAUCUCCAGACUGCGUCAUGCGGACAUUAUGUUACGUGAAGCAAACAGACAUGCCAGACUAUAGGUAUCCUAUGUACGGACAACAGGUACGAUCUCCCAUGGACAAAUACGGACGACCGCAGACACCCGACUAUAACUCCUAUGACAACCAAAGGUUCUAUGGCCGGCCCAUGGGACCAAAGAUCAAGUCGGAGUCCCCAGAUCAGAACAUGAUGAAUAAAAACAUGCCACUGGCAUCUAUGUGUGGUGGAAGUGGUCAGAGGAACUCUGUGGUAGUAUCUUCUAAGCAGAUCUACUCUCCGCCACCACCACCAGCCAAUGACUCUGAGCAAACGGAGCCUGUGGAUUUUUCUACGGGACACGACGACAGAGUGAGACCCGAAUUAUCUGGGCCCCACAUGAUGCCCAACGCCACACCUUCACCUUCACCGCGCUCACCGGUGACAGGGCGGAUGGACGCAUCCCCCCACUGUCCACCUCAACACAUCCCUUACCCACAGAGUCCCCUAGGCCCCCCACCACCGGCGGACAGGAUACAGCAUCACCAUUUGAUGCCAUCUCCACCGGAAUACGUGCCGGAAAAGUGCAUGCAGCCAAAGAUGAAGAGUCGAGGCCGUGAGGGCCGAGAACUUAUACACUGCCCAACCCCAGGCUGUGAUGGCAUGGGUCACGUAUCGGGCAACUAUGCAACGCACCGGAGCUUAUCUGGAUGUCCUCAUGCUGACAGAUCACAAGUACAUGCUCAGCAUCAGGAAUUAAAGCCCAAUUUAUGCUACAAUGAGAAACCAAGUGGGCAAUGGUACAGGUAUCCAAGUAGUCAACACGAUAAGUCUAUGUCCCCUAUUCUCAGGUGUCCAACGCCUGGUUGUGAUGGAUCAGGUCAUGUGACGGGGAACUAUUCUUCUCAUCGUAGUCUUUCGGGUUGUCCACGAGCAAAUAAGCCAAAGAAAAUGGUCAAUCGCGAUGAGAAAAAUGACUCCGAACCUCUCAGAUGCCCCAUUCCCGGUUGUGACGGUUCUGGUCAUGUUACAGGAAAGUUUCAAUCACACAGAAGCUGUCCUACACCAGGCUGCGACGGUAGCGGCCAUGCAAACGGCACAUUCCUCACACACCGUAGCUUAUCAGGCUGCCCCCGGGCGGCCCAGGCCGUACGUAAAGCUAAGGCAGCGAGCGAUGAAGACGCUCCUACCGUGCCCAUCAAACAACAGCCAGCAACUGGUGCGGAGGAUCUUUCCAACAUCCGAGCCCUGGAAGAAGAGAUAAUGGAACUCCAGGAAUACAAUGCCCGAGUGGAGUCGGAGAUGUAUCAGCUUCGAACAGAUAUCACCCAAAUGGUGCCGUCACAGAGACCUUCGGACCGAGAGAGUCUCCAUUCCACUGCCCAGAAGACAAACCAGCUGAGCGAGUACUACGAGUCCCUUCGGAACAAUUUCAUCAACCUCCUGGACCACGUCCGGUUACCCAACUUCGAAGAGAAACCUACCCCGGACAAUUUCGACAUGUACUUGAACAGACUUCAGUCUCUCUGUGCGGACAACUCUAAAGAUGAUGAAGAGAGAAAUGUAUAUUCUAGUGUGAAACAAGCGCUGCAGGACUUUUCCGCACCGAUGCAGCAAACCAAUGGUUGGGUACGGUCUUGAAACUUACCCGAAAAAUCCCAUUCUACCUCCUACAAAACUGUUAGCAGAAUCUGUAAAUUAAAACAUGAACGCAGUUCGAUAUCUGUAAAAUAAAAUAAAAACUCG